AGAUCUAAAAAACUUUUCACAAUAAGAAAAAAAAGAUAUCACUAAUCUGUACAAAUCAGCUGAUCCAAAAUUUACCGACCGUUUCGAUGCAACAAUGGCUGCUCCAGUGGUUAUGUGUACAUGUGAGGUUUGCUCGAAAGCUCGCACAACAAUUCAACAAAUCUUUAAUGUACUAAAUAUAUACGGCUGGUUGUUAGACUCGUAUGUCGUGGACUUCUUUCAAGAACGGCUAUGGGAAAAGCUGCCGAAAAGCUGGAGGACCGUUCUGCAAACCGUCUCACCUGAAGAAUUCGGAAAAUGGUUAACUGGUGACAUCUCUAGCACACGUGUGUGGCCGUUGUCAUUACUCGUGCUUCGACAGGUUAUACAGCAUUUACAGCUUAAUAGAAAUCAUCGAAAUGACGAGAACAUUUUACGAUGCAGCAAAGUAAAGAAAUCAGAAUAUGAUGACGAUGAGAAUUUUAUUUUGGAAAAUAAAAAUAAAAAAUUACACGACGCACAUAACGUUUUGAAGAAACAUGAUAACCUUGUUUUGAAACAUAUUAAGAUCAAAAAACGACAUGAGAUACAACAAAUAACACAAAUAUGUACAGACUGUGCACAAGAAUCGGGCACAAAGUGCAUUGUCGAUAUUGGAGCAGGCAUGGGUCAUUUAGCUCGUUCUUUAGCAUUUAAAUGUGGUUUAUGUGUAACAUGCAUUGAACAAGAUGUAUUAUUGUCACAGCAAGCCAGAAAAUGGGAUAAAGAAUUAUUGGUAUCUCUAUCUAAACAUUUGCCUGACUUGCCUGUAGAUCUGCCACAACAUGUGUCACUCAAAUUGGAAAAUACAACCUUAGAUCAGACAAAGACAAUCAAGAAUAUACAAAAAAUAUUUUCUAAUAAUUUUAAUUUAGAUGAAAAGAAAUCUAGGUUUGGCAUUGUGGGGCUACAUCCAUGUGGAGAUCUUGCAGCAAUGUUAUUGAAGCUUUACACAUCUCAAUGCGAAGCAAGAUUUAUUUGCAUUGUAGGAUGCUGCUACAUGAAGUUGACAUUUGAGCAUCCAGAUGAUGUUUUAAAUGGAUAUCCACUUAGUAAAUAUCUGUCAUCAUUCACAAAUCAUAAACUAUCCUACACAGCAUUAGAAGUUGCAUGUCAUGCUAUUGAGAGCUACUGUGAUAAACUGAGGACUGGGAAUUACGAAGAUUUAAUAGUACAUGCUUACAGAGCUGUUCUAGAAACUGUUUUAAUAAAACGAAACAAGGAAUUACGCCAUAGUCAAGUAAAGAAUGUCAAAGUGACAAAACCUAUGACAUUUGAACAAUACUGUACUGCAGCAACUGCAGAAUUUGAGCUGCAUCUCCAGCUUAAAGAUUCAGAUUUUCAGAACCCACAAAUAAAAUAUUAUUUAAGCCAAUGGCAACAAGUUGUAAUAUUUGGAGCAUUGCGUACAAUGUUGGCACCAUUAGUGGAAACUGUAGUGUUGUUGGAUAGAUUUUUAUAUUUAUCAGAAAAUAAUUUACCUCCUAUACUGAAGCCCAUCUUUGAUGCCAGAUUGUCUCCUCGAAAUUUUAUAUUGUUUUCAGUGAAAAGUGUUGAACAGUCGCCUUCCUGAUUAUACCCGAAUUUUUUAAUUUUCUAUCAAAAUAAAAUAUUAAAAAAGUUAACC